CGGACGUACUAAACACAGCCCAAUUUGGAACGACUCUUUUUGGACGAAAUUGCGCCCACAACAGACGGACCUGACAUUGCCCAUAAUUCGAUGUCGACACAUGCCUCAGCGUUCCAGUAUCAAACCGAACAUCAUUAGUUUGUGCAUAUUUUCAUACUACUGUCUUUGGUACAGUACUGUGGUGUAUUACGUAUUGCAAAGGAAACCGUUUACCGUUUAAGAACCAAACGAAGAAAAUGGAAUUAAACGGGGAAGGACCUAGACCAAAUUGUCAUUCAAAACGUUAAGCAAUGACGAAACGGAAUCGGUGUAAUGAAUACACCCAUGGGGCUGUAGCAAAACGUUUCUUAAGCGGAAGCAAACAGAGCGAAACGGGAAGGAUUUACCUGAAUUUAUAUAAUAGAAAGUUUCGUUUUGCAACUGUUUGGACUAAUGAUUACACCACAGGUUGUGAUGKCUCAUGAUCAUGCGCACUGACUCAACUACGAAAUAUGGCGGCUGACGACUGCUAGAGAAAAGUGUUGGGAUCUGAUCAAUUUCGUUAAAAAGCUGCCCUGGUCAGUACUACAGGGCCAUAGUUGCACACUGGGUGGACCACCUGCCUGUCAUUCCCAUUGCCUUGUAGAAUAACCACAUUACCCAGGAGCCAUCAUGGGCAGGACUUCAGUCAGAGAUCAGAAGGAGAAAGCAGGAAGUCUCCUUCCUCCAGGUCCCACCCCUGCUAAAGAGUCGUUCAGUUGGGAGGAGUACCUGAAGGAAACAUCAUCUACCCCGGCUCCACCUAGCUUCUUCAGACAGUCCAGAGUCCCUCCUCCAGUGACUUCAAGGUGGGGAUGAAGCUGGAAGUCCAAACCCUGAAUGGAGCAGAGAUGGCCCCCGCUACCGCUUUUAAAAAGGAGCCUCCACCGCUGUCCCAGAAUAACUUUAAGCCAGGGAUGAAGCUGGAAGCAGUAGAUAAGAAGAACCCCUACCUCAUCUGCCCUGCUACCAUCGGAGAGGUGAAGGGGGACGAAGUGUUUGUGAUGUUUGACGGGUGGAGGGGGGCGUUUGACUACUGGUGUCAACACCACUCCAGAGAUCUCUUCCCUGUUGGAUGGUGCUCUGUUACCGAACACAGCCUGCAGAGGCCUGGCAACAGUGGUGAGUGGAGUCCUGUCUUCAUCCUGUUCAUUUAUUGGUUGGUUGAUGGAUGGAUUUAUUGA